UUGCAAUGAUGAUGACCUACACACCUAGUCAGCCCUCUCUGAGUCCUCUGACCUCCUUCUGCAUCACAAAGAUUCAUUCCUGGCUCAAGAAGCUCACUGGGUUACCUUCUUCCUACGAAUUCACACUCAAGAACGAAACCGGUUUUGAGCUAAACUUCAAGACUAAGUCCUUAAGAGACAAAGCAGUCACACAGAUCUGCUGAGCCCUCUACUGUUGAAGCUUGGAAGACCUUAAGCAGGAAAUUAAGCAAGCCAAGGAAGAAAGCAAGGAUAAAUGGAUCGAUGAAAGCAGCUAUGUUGACUGAGGCCCAGUGGCCAGCGAGAAGGAAUCUGAUAAACACUUUGUAGUUAAUAAUGUCCUAGAUCAAAGUUAUGUAGGCUCUGGCAAGAGAAGUUCAGUGGCUUGGAGUGAUAUGGCCAGCAGUUUCCUAUGUUCUCCCAAGCCAGAGCGAGUAGAGAAUAUUCCUAAACCACAGAGUGGGCUUGGAAUGAAGCCACCGACUCAAGAGAGAAUACAAGAAGUUCCUCAAAAAUAAUUUAAUGACUACUCCUAAUAAUAAACUUGAAACUCCUGAGAGGCCUCAAAGUCUUCACAGAGAGCCGGUACAUAGCAGGUUCGAAAAACUUGACUUAGUAAAUUAUCGUGAGAAAAGAUCAGAGCACCUUCAAAAGCAUUCUUCAAGGAUUAGGAACAAUAUGAGUGGCAAAAAUCUACUCUCGGAAUUAAGAAAACUAGACUUGAAAAAGAACCCAAACUCUCUUGCCGAUCCUCAUCUUGAAGAAAACAAGAUAAAUAUAAAGACAAUCAAUGCUAAUCAAAAGAUGUUUAAGACUGCUUGAAAGAACCAAAAGUCUAUUGAAAGAAAACCAGAGGUCCAGAAAAACGCUUUGAAGACAGAAUUAAGACCAAAGGCAAGCCAUAAGGACCUUAAUAUGAAUUCUUCAUUUGGGAGACCUAGUAAUCCAAAGCCAUACGAUAAAACACCUGUAACAAAAUCUUCAGGAAAGUUAAUGUAUCUAAAUACUAACUAUGAAGAUGUUAUUACAAAGGCAAAGAAAUUGGAAGAGAAAAGGAAAGCUUUAGAGAAAAGUUGGAGAAAUCAAACUAAUAAUACUAAAACUCCUUCUGAGAAGGAGAGUCUACAUCCAAAGAACUCAACACUUCAUGGGUCAAGGAACGUAAGAGCAGGCCAGCAUAAGGAAAUGAUCUCAAAUUCAAGCACAAAAGAUUUGAAGAAGAGCAGAAAUGUAACAGAGAGGGGCACUAUCCAGAGUUAUAUAAGGAACGCGAAUGCUAAGAUAAAGAUUCAGAAGAAUGCUAACAAGUCUACAGCCCGUCUUUAUAAUGACUACAGUUCCUCCAUUGAUAUUAAAGAUCCGGUCAGAACUCAAGGAUUAAGGCAGAGCUUGAAUUCAACUAUAGAUCUGCACAAAUUUGAUAAGAAGGAAUCUAGGAUGUCUCGAUUAGGGAGAAAAUGCAAGCGCUUAUCUGAAGAACACAAAAAUUUUACUAUUGAUAUGCAAAAUUUAAAGGAAAGAAAGAACUAUCAGGACGAAUGUAGCUGGCAAACUCCAAAGAAGCUUAAUAAAGCUAAUGCCUUGAGGAUGUAUGGGAAUCUCCAGCCUGUACCCGAAAGAUCAUCCAAUGAUGAUCAUAUACAGUACAUCCUUGGGAAGCAUAAGUUUAAAGAUGGCUAUCAAGGGCCUCAGAGGCUAUGGGAUUUUGUUGAAAAUUCUGAUAAAAAACCUAGUACAACUAGAACACAUGCUUCAAAGUUUGGGCAUUAUCUUUCUUAAAUAAUUUUUCCAAGAAUUUUAUU